AUGUCUUUAUACCCUUUACAAAGAUUUGAAUCAAAUGACACGGUUUUCAGUUACACUUUGAAUUCUAAGACUGAGCUGUUUAACGAAAGCCGCAAUAACGACAAGCAACAUUUUACCCUUCAACUCAUACCAAAUGCCAACGCCAAUGCCAAGGAAAUUGACAAUAAUAAUGUAGAAAUUAUCAACGAUCUAACAGGCAAUACUAUUGUCGACAAUUGUGUAACUACAGCUACUUCAUCAAAUCAGUUGGAGAGAAGGCUUUCGAUAUCCGACUAUCGUACCGAAAACGGUAACUACUACGAAUACGAGUUUUUUGGUAGGAGGGAACUUAACGAACCAUUAUUUAAUAACGACAUCGUAGAAAAUGAUGAUGACAUCGAUCUAAAUAAUGAAAGUGAUGUAUUGAUGGUUAGCGACGACGAGUUGGAGGUAAAUGAAAGAUUUUCCUUUCUCAAGCAACAGCCUCUUGACGGGCUGAACAGGAUUUCCAGUACUAAUAACUUGAAAAAUCUGGAGAUACAUGAAUUUAUAAUAGAUCCAACGGAAAACAUUGACGAUGAGCUUGAAGACUCUUUUACCACUGUGCCCCAAUCUAAAAAAAAAGUUAGGGACUAUUUCAAAUUAAACAUAUUCGGCAGUAGUAGCAGUAGUAAUAAUAACAGUAAUAGCCUUGGUUGUGAACCCAUUCAGACCGAAAACUCUUCCUCGCAGAAAAUGUUCAAAAAUAGAUUCUUCAGAAGUAGGAAAAGCACUCUAAUCAAGUCUCUUCCUCUUGAGCAAGAAAAUGAAGUGCUUAUAAAUUCAGGGUUUGAUGUUUCCUCUAAUGAAGAAAGUGAUGAGAGUGACCACGCGAUAAUAAAUCCGUUAAAGCUGGUGGGAAAUAACAAGGAUAUCUCUACUCAAAGCAUUGCUAAGACAACGAAUCCAUUUAAGUCUGGCAGUGAUUUUAAGAUGAUUGAGCCAGUUUCAAAAUUCAGCAAUGAUUCGAGAAAGGACUUAUUGGCUGCCAUAUCAGAACCAUCCUCUUCUCCUUCUCCUUCUGCACCAUCACCUUCAGUACAAUCUUCCUCUUCUUCUCAUGGCUUAGUGGUGAGGAAGAAGACAGGAAGCAUGCAGAAGACGCGCGGAAGGAAGCCCUCUUUAAUUCCGGACGCUUCCAAGCAAUUUGGUUGUGAAUUUUGCGAUAGAAGAUUUAAAAGACAAGAGCAUUUGAAGAGGCAUGUCAGAUCUUUACAUAUGUGCGAAAAACCAUUUACAUGCCAUAUCUGUAAUAAGAACUUCAGCAGAAGCGAUAAUUUGAAUCAGCACGUUAAAACUCACGCUUCCUUAUGA